GGGACUCAAUUCAUUUGCACUAAAAACCCUAUUGUCUUCACUUCCAAUCUUACGCCGGCGAAGCUGAUUUUCUUCUAAGGCUAAUUGAAGAUUGCACAUGGCGAGAGGUAACAAUGGCACAAGGCGUCCAAAGCCAAACCUAUUGAUCACGGGGACUCCCGGUACCGGUAAAUCGACGACGGCUUCUGCUCUGGCUGAAGCCACGAAUCUCCGGUAUAUUUGCGUCGGAGAUCUGGUCAAAGAGAAAAACUUGCACGAUGGCUGGGACAAUGAGUUCGGGUGUCACAUCAUCAACGAAGACUUGGUGUGUGAUGAGCUUGAAGAUGUUAUGGUAGAAGGAGGAAACAUUGUGGACUACCAUGGCUGUGACUUCUUUCCUCAGCGAUGGUUUGAUCGCGUUGUGGUGCUUCGAACUGAGAACUCCAUUUUGUAUGACCGUUUAACUAACAGGGGUUACUCGGGAACCAAGCUUAGUAACAACCUUGAAUGUGAAUUGUAUCAAAUCCUACUCGAAGAAGCAUGUGACAGUUAUGAAGAGGAAAUUGUCACUGCACUACAAAGUAACAAAAUCGAAGAUAUCUCUAACAAUGUCGAGAGUUUGACGGAAUGGAUUAGAACGUGGCGACCCUGAAGAUCUUCAUAUGAAGACAAAUUGACAAUGCAUCUGUAAUGGUUUUCAAGGUUCAGUUUUUGGUAGUUUCAUUUUGUGGUUUCUGAAUCGAUGAUCUUGGUUGCAAUUUGUAUACUGAUAUUCUGAAGCACUACAAUUCAGCUUAUGUAUGCUUAUUUUGAUGAUAUUUAAUGAAAAGAUAAAGUUUUCAUC